GUUAAAAUGCCCUUAUAGCUGCACAGAGCUGCAGUAUACUGUGUAGAUGAAUGCUGUAUGGGUAAAAUAAAAUCUGCAAAGUAACUUCAGUCAAAUAACUGUAGUAAAAAGCUCUAAAUUAGAAGAAUAAAGUGGCAUAAAAUGAAAAUACUCAACCUAAAAACUGUAAUUAAGUCAAGUAAAUGCACACAGUUAUUUUCCAGCAGUGGAGCAUAGUUUAUAAAAUGUACCAGAAGUGAUGGUGAUGAAAAUUAGAGGACUUCACGGUGAUGAUGAUUCGAUGUUUUUCCUGUUUUCUGUUCCUGGGAAGACUUCUAAUUUAGCUCAGCUGGAUUUUUAGGGAAAUAGUUCUCAUUGAGGAGGGUUCAGAUUAACUUCACAUGGUGACAGUUUAUGGGCAAAAUAUGGUGCCUGUUAGCAAAACAAACCCUUAGAGAAAAACCCCCUCCGAGGGGAGACUGUCAAAGCCAGCGGUCUGGGAGAAAGAGGACUGAGAAGGAGAGCACAAUCAAAGGCUGUUAUUUUAAUCUGUCCUGCCUCGGAGAUUAGCCGACCACAUUGUUUUAAUUGUUUUAACGGGAGGGAAUGAAACGCUCGCUUAUAGGGGGAUCCUUGGCAUAAAUCUCUCAAGUUCAAUAGUUUCAAAAACUUGAGCUCCUUGCAACCCCCCUCUCUUCCCUCAUCCCACCUAAUCCCGGCUAAUACCUUUCUUUCUAUUGGCUAAUGGCUGAGGGGAGCCUGGGUAAAUGCUUCUUAAAUAGUCGUGGGUGAGAAUGGUUUCGGAGAAUUAGAUCUGCGCCACGACAAAGAGUGCUGGUGUGCGAGGAUAUAAGGCAAAAACUGGACGAGGAAACACUGGACUACACAGCUCGGCAGUGUCAGACUUCUGUGCGUAAAAGCGCACCUGGAUCUCACGCUCUGGAUCUCAGAUUGAGUAUGAACUCCUUGAAUUUCUGCGGGACGUCCAGCGGUGGUGUUGGUGGUGGUGGUGUGUACCCCCUCCACGGUGUUAACUCCAUGCUGUUCGACCUGCACCACCAGAUGGCGGAGCAGUACCAUGUUUACUCUGCAGCCAGCCCCACAGUGCACACACUCUCUGUGGCUGAGAGACUGGCAGAGCUCAUCCUGGAGGCUCGGUAUGGCAACCAGCAGAAGCAGCGCCGCAGCCGCACAGCGUUCACAGUGUCGCAGCUGCAGGCUCUGGAGAAAGCCUUCCAGCAGACUCAGUACCCAGAUGUCGGCAUGAGAGAGAGGCUGGCUGUCUGCAUCAACCUGCCCGAGGCUCGCAUUCAGGUGUGGUUCAAGAACAGGAGGGCAAAGUUUCGCAAAGGUCAGAGGUGCUCCCCGCUCUCCAGAGACCAGAGUCUGGAGGAGGCACCACAUCGCAGCACAGUGGGACAGGAGGAAGUCAGGACAGAAGACAAACAGGACAUCACCACAUCACACACUGACAGAAACCUCCCUCCUCCUCACUGCUGUCCUCCUCCUCCUCCUUCUCUUCCUCCUCAUGUGGAUAAAACCAGGGAUAUUUGCAGACCUCUCACUCCUUCAGACUCUGAUGUAACACGGUGCCCCCUCCGCCUUCACUCUCCUCCGCUUUUCCCCUUCAUGACAGGGGAACACUAUAGCCACCCGCCUCACCAGCCGCUUGUAGGAGUGCUGUCCACUGACCUGGCCCUUCCCCCUUUGUUCUGGCCCAUCAUACAGCAGCACAGCUCCGCCCUGGGGGUUCAUCCAUCGUCAGUUACUAAAAACUGUAGCCUCUCCCUUCAGACUGCAUGUUCCAGUAAAGCUGUGCCUCACCCUCACCUGGGGCUGUAACUGUAGACCAGUACACCUCGGCCCCAGAUCUCUGCUCCUUGUGGACACAGAUACACCUGAAGCAGCCCUGUGUGGGAAAAGAUAAGGAAAAGAAGGACUUGUUCUUGUAAACCUGACAAAAUAUAAUCUUUAUUUAGAGAGCUUUAUUGAAUACCUACUUGUCUGCAGAGAUGUAAAGCUGUACAGUCACAUGCAUCCAAGUCUAAUUUGGGUCUGCUUCAAUUAACACCUACAGGUUGGUUUUAGUUUGCCAGUGGUAUGAGUUUGCCUGACGGAAGCUGUUGUUUCAUCCGUCACAAGCAGCAUAAAACACCACAUUUAAAGAUUUUGUUGUGUCCUUCAGCAUUAUUAAGCUAGCUUCACUGACAAGUAGCUACACAGUAAUAAUGAUGGGGAAAGGAGUUAAGGGAAUUUCCUUA